AUGGGUACUUAUCAGGUUGUGUUCAACCCCGUCUGUCACAUCACAUUUCAUCGAACAUGUUAUGUGCGACUGCUAACUUCCAAGCGCGUUGCAGAGAAAGCAACCGAUAUUCAUAUUUAUUUGCCUGACCCAUUGGACCAACAUUUAAUUGUCUCUGAAAUCAAUGGGGACAGUAAUAAAGGCAAUGCCAGAUAUUCUGGCACAAGCACCACUUCCAUGGAAUUGUCUCUUGUAGACUAA